AAACCGUGUUCUCUUCCCUGUAAUCUAGUUAUCAACCAUAUCCAUUACUUCUAUAUAACGCUUACCCUUCCACGUCCGUUACACACACCCAACAUCAAUUCCUUAACAUUCUCGAUCUCAUCUUCCAUAUUCUUCUGAAUCUUCUCUGUAUAAAUAUAUAUAGCUGACACAACCAGAGAUAUAGCCAUUCACAUUUGCAAGUCCAACUACAAGCAAGUUCCUUUUCUUCCUGCUUUCUGGGUUUUUUAGUUUAACCAAGCUUCAAUACACAUAUGGCACUCGACGCAGUUUCCUUGAGUGGUACUACUGCUGCUUCCAUGGAGAAAGGGCAGCAGCAUUCUCCCAAGUCGACGUUGGCCAAACUGUACCGUAAACUGUCUUCGAGGAAGUCGGAGAAGCGCAGUCUGUCGAGUCCCUCAAGCAGCUCAUGCAGCAGCGAACUGGGGGAGGUGUUUGAUUACUUUGACGAGAACGGUGACGGUAAGAUAUCCCCGGCUGAGCUGCAGACCUGUGUGAGGACUGUCGGAGGGGAGCUGUCCGAUGAGGAGGCGCAGGCGGCGGUGGAGGCUUCGGAUAUGGAUGGGGAUGGGAUGCUGGGGUUUGAGGAGUUUCAGAAGCUUAUGGAGGCUAAUGGAGAUGAGGAGAACAAGAGCAAAGAGCUGAGAGAUGCAUUUGGGAUGUAUGAAAUGGAGGGCUCCGGGUGCAUAACACCAGCAAGCUUGAAGAGGAUGCUGGGCAGGUUGGGCGAGCCGCGUUCCAUUGAGGAUUGCACGAGUAUGAUUCGCAUGUUCGACCUCAAUGGCGACGGAGUUCUCAACUUUGAUGAGUUCAGGAUCAUGAUGGCAUGAAUAAUAAUGCUGAUUCCAUUGUUUUUGAUGAGUUUCAAUUAUAAAUUUUUGACAGACGAUAUUUUCUUUUUUCCUUCUGUUGAAGGAACUCAUAAUAAACAGAGAAUCUGAUAUAUUUAUAUAAUUUUCGCAUUC